AUGGCCAGCUCUAUUCCAUCCAAAGCUCCAAGUGACAUUCGCAUUCUCACAUUCAACUGCUGGGGUCUGAAAUACAUCGCCAAGUACCGCCAUGAACGCAUGUCAGAGAUUGGGCGGCAGUUGGCAUUGGCCAGCCCGCCGCCAGAGAUAGUCGGACUGCAAGAAUGUUGGACCCAGAAGGAUUAUGAGAGCAUUCGUGAUCAGACUCGACACAUCCUGCCGUAUGGGAAGUUUUAUUACGGGGGCAUAUUUGGCGCGGGAUUGGCGAUUCUGUCAAAAUGGCCGAUCGAGGAAAGCAGCAUGUUCGGCUACCCGUUAAACGGCCGACCAACGGCGUUCUUCCGAGGAGAUUGGUUCGUGGGGAAAGGUGUGGCCAGCGCGCGCGUUCGGUUCGGCCCUGGUACCGCUGACGUCGCCGAGGUGUUCUGCACCCACCUACACGCGCCGUAUGAGCGUGAACCGAACGACUCAUAUCUCUGCCACCGGACCGCGCAGGCAUGGGAGAUCUCCAAGUUAAUGCGCGGCGCUGCGGAACGCGGUCAUCUAGUCAUCGGCCUGGGCGACUUCAACAUGCUGCCUUCCUCUUUCGCGCACCGUCUCAUCACCACGCAGAGCCCUGUUCGUGACGCCUGGCGGGAGCUGCACCCAGAUUCGUCCCUUGCGGCAGCAAUUGAUCCUGUUGAAAAAGCACGGAAUCGGCCUAUUCCCACGGCCGAGUUCAAUCUUGCCGAGAAUGGAGCUACAUGCGAUGGGUCUUUCAAUACCUGGCGCUGGACUGAGGAAAUGCGCAAGCGCCUAGUCAAGGGUGAGGAUAUUGUCAUUGACAAGGAUACUCCAGAUCCGCGCGGCAAGCGUCUGGAUUAUAUCUUCAUCGGCGACGGUGGCUACCCGCCUGCAUUCCCGCCGUCUAGCUGGUCAGUCGAGUCAGUACAAAUCUCCAUGACGCAGCGCCAUCCCACUCUCCUCUGCUCGCUGAGCGACCACUUCGCUGUCGAGGCUGUCAUCACCCGCUCUUCGGUACCAACAUACCCUCCGUCACACUCCACAGAAUCUGCCCCAGCUGCCCCCGAUUCUCUCGCCCUGCAUAAAACAACUUCAAAGCCCGCCUCACCCAACGCCGCCCUUUCACCAGACACAUACGACCACAUCAUUGAAAUCAUUCACAAAUACGUGUCCCGUGAACGCUCUCAGCGUCGUUGGCGUCUGGCGCAUUUCCUGAUAUCUAUUGUGGUUUCCAUUGGUUGCAUGGUUGGUGUGUGGUGGGUUGGCAGCCGCACUUACAUCGGAUUCAUCCUCGUCCUAGUCAGCACGCUCAACUUCGGCGCUGGGAUUUUGGAUGGUUUGAUUGGUGGACUGUUCAUGUCGGGUGAGCUGCGUGCCUUGAAGGAGUUUGAGUGGGAGGUGAGUAACGCUAGGAGCUUGGUGGUUGCUGCCGAGGCUGGUGCGGGUGCUGCUUCAGAAGAAACGGCGAGAGAGCAGAAGGAUGAUUGA